CUUGACCGUAGCAGCAAGGUCGAGUAGUAGCACUGCUGUGCUGCUUGGCAUGUAUUGCGUUACCUCAGCCAUGGAGUAUUACCGCAUGUUUAGAACGUGGUUCCGUUGCUAAAAUGCAAUUACAACGAGGACGUGUCAAGGAGUUAGUAGCGUGUGUAGACGGCAGCUGUGUCAAUGAGCUUUCUUCUAAUUAGUGUCUGCUAACUGAUUUUAGCAUUACCACACUGACUGAUUCGCUAGCUGACAGGAGUUGAUUACCGGUUAACAUGAGUUCCGCUCCUAAUCACGGUACGGUGAACGUCACGGAGACAGUGUCCAGCAAGCCGGUAUCUGCUGUCUCUUUAGCUGGACAUGUCAAGCAGGUCUUGGGCCAUGUGAAGAUAGAAAAUCUGGUCGCAGGUCUCAGUGGAGGUGUGGUGUCAACAAUGGUGCUUCACCCUCUGGACCUGGUCAAAAUCAGGUUUGCAGUGAGUGAUGGCUUGGAAUUGAGACCUAAGUACAGUGGCAUAAUGCACUGUAUGAAGAGUGUGUGGCAGCUGGAGGGACUACGAGGACUCUACCAAGGAGUGACACCCAAUAUUUGGGGUGCUGGAGCAUCUUGGGGUCUCUACUUCUUUUUCUACAACGCAAUCAAAGGGUACACGAAGGAGGGCCGUCAAACGGAGCUGACUGCCACAGAGCACCUGGUGUCUGCUGCCGAAGCAGGCAUCAUGACCCUCACCAUAACCAACCCGAUCUGGGUGACCAAGACCCGGCUGGUGCUGCAGUACAGCGCUGACGCCAGCAGUAAACAGUACAAGGGGAUGUUCGAUGCGCUGAUCAAGAUCUACCGCUAUGAGGGAGUGGCAGGACUCUACAAGGGUUAUAUUCCUGGUCUAUUCGGAACAUCUCACGGAGCGCUGCAGUUCAUGGCCUACGAAGAGCUGAAGAGAGACUAUAACAAAUACAGAAAAGCGCCUUCAGAUGCGAAACUGAGCGCAUGGGAGUACAUCACAAUGGCGGCAUUAUCCAAAAUAUUUGCUGUGGCCACAACAUACCCGUAUCAGGUGGUGCGAGCCCGCCUGCAAGACCAGCACAACACAUACAAUGGAGUUAUUGAUGUCAUCAGACGGACAUGGAGAAACGAAGGCGCCAUCGGUUUCUACAAAGGCAUCAUCCCCAACGUGAUUCGUGUCACUCCAGCCUGCUGCAUCACCUUCGUGGUUUACGAGAAUGUGUCUCGCUACCUUCUGGGAAAAAGCUAAUAAUCAUGGCAUGGACAGCUGUAAAGACUCUGAGCCCGCACUGACCUUGGGGCCAUUCAUAAAAACAGAGGGAAACGAAUACGUCUGAAAGUGAUCUCUCUGUGUACAUGUAACUGUGCAGAUGUGAGUUCAGAUGCACUGAAUAUGAAAAUAUUGAAGAAUGGAUUCAACAUUGGAUUACCAGAUGCAUGACAAGCUUUCACUUCUGGGAAAAACUGUGUUGCUUUGCACACGAAAUGACGUGCUGACGUGAUGCAUGUCUUUUUUUUAAAAUAAAGUGAGGAUUUUUUACGGAAGAGUUCGAUAAAUAUUUCAUCAUGGUUAUGUUUACAUUUGGCAGCAGAAAAAGAUGACAUGUCAAAAAGCUGACUAUUAACAAACAAUGUGAGGUCUUCUCAGGGUUCCAGUGUGGGCAUGUGUGUGUAAUAUUUGUUUGUUGCUUUUAAAUUAUUUGAUUUUGUUCACAUAGCAUGAUUUUUGUCCCAGAAACACCAAUUCAUUCAUCCCAUAGUUCAUUUGUUUCAAAAAAUGUUAACUGCAUUUCUUUAUAACAUUUGCUAUAAAAUCCAGACAGCUUUA